UCAGGCUCGCGUCAGGCUGGGCCCGCGGCCGGUGGCCUCGCGUCUCCACAGCGCGCUGCCAGCAUCGCUCUCGGCCGCGCCGCGCCCGACGGGCCUGGCCCUGGUUCUGGCCCCAGCGGAGCAUCCUGGGACUGUUUUUACUCAAUUGGUCAUUGAUAUCUUAACAAACAUGGAGAUAAGAUUAGAAAUUUUGACAUCAACAAGUAUCAAGCAGAAAAAACCCUGGCCACAAGUCUCUUGGUUGGGACAGGAAAAUGAAGCCGUUUUUCUUUUGGAUGAUAAAUUCAUAAAUGAAAUUAAUUUGUUAUCAGGAAGGACAAAGAAGAAAAUUCCUAGUCUGAAGCCUUUGUUGAAGGAUGUUAUUGUGCUAACAACAUCCAGUAAUGAUGCCUGGCUAGGUGGUGUACUCACUACAGGGGAGCUUUUCCUUUGGAACAAAGAUCAAGAUUGUUUGAAAACUAUACAAGUAACUGAAAAGCCUAAGGAAAUGAUUGAAGCUAUAGUAGCAAAUUCUUUGAGACUGUAUUUCUAUGUUUCUGGAAAUGGGAAAAGAAUUCUGCUUGUAACACCUUCUGGAUGCAUAUUUCUUUGGGAAUACUUGGAAUUAAAGGAUAUUUUAUCUUCUAAAAGCCUCUCAUUGGUGGGUCAGUGGUCCCAGGUCAUACCUGAAAAAACAGUUCUUUUGCCUUCCACUGAAGAUAAAGAAGCUGUAGUGAAUGCUGUUUUUAUAAAAAAUGAGUUAUUUGGAGACUGCUGCUUGUGUUCAUUUACUUUUUAUUCUGGGGAAUGCCUAAAGUUAACGUUUCUAGCAAUUCGGUGGCAUGAAAAUGAAUUUACAUCUGUAAGAGCAUUGUCAUACCAUGUUCACUGGGCACAACAAGAAUGCCUUCUGUGUAGUCUCAUUCCUAAAUGUGAAUCAGUAAAGUCAAGAGGAGCUCUAAUUGCUGCCUUUUCAAGAGAUGGCCUUACCCUGGCAGUAACUCUUAAUCAGAAAGACCCCAAGGCAACUCAGGUAUUAUUUAUAAACACACUGAAUUUUGUUACUCUCAGUGGUAGCCUUAAAGGAUGUAGUAAUAAGAAUCCUGUGGUUCCAGCUACCCUUAUCAGGUCUUACUGGGUAGGUGGUAUCAGCUGGACACAUGAUAGUCUUUUUUUGGCUUGUGUGUUAAAACGUGGUUCCCUGGUUUUAUUGACCUGCCAAGGUGAACUGCUAACAUUAAUUACAUCUGGUUGCUCGAUAGAAUUUGGGCCAGCAGAAUUUAUUCCUCUUCAUCCACUAAUAACAUAUCGACCACAGCAGUUUAUGUUUCAAGAUUCAAAUAAUUCUGUAGAUUCAUCAGCUUCUGAUAGUGACCCUAUGAGACAGAGAUUUUCUAUAAAAGCACACUCACGGUUACCCUACCUCAUUAUUUCUGAUGGAUACAUGAUCACAACCCUUCGGUUUCUUGAUAAACUGUCUCCAUCGGUACUCAUGAGAUCACUUCUGCUUGAUUCAACCCAGAGGCUUGAGAAAACAUACCGAAAUGUGAUACUGUCUAAGCCAAAAAGCAAAGAGCUGAACUUGCUAUCACUGAAUUCCCUGAGGUCUAGCCUGUUAGAACACCAAGGACAUGAAAGUUCAGCUGAUUCCACUGUCCCCAAAUUCUUACAGACAGAAGAAACAAUGAAGUUAAAUGAGAAAACAGCAGAUUUUCAGGAUUUUGAAGCAGAAGAAACUAAUGAAGGCAGACACUUUCCGAACAAUUUAUUUCCUUUUUGGAACCAAAAAAAUGAUCUGCUGUUUAGUAGUGUCAAGGAAGGAAGAUUGGAAUUUGCAUCUAUGUUUGACACGAUACAUGCAAAGGAUGAUACUGAGGAGACAGACGAAACCAUUACAGAACUGCAUUCUAUCCAGAAAAAUCUACUUGCAGCGUGGACUAUAGGAAUUUCAAAAAAUGUGAUAGAGAAAAAUUUAAUGUUAAAUUAUACAAUAGUUUGUAUCACUCAUUUUUUCUACAUUCUUCAGUUUAUAAAAUGUCCUUUCCCCAAACUUGAUCUUUUUUUAAGCAAGAGCUCAAGACGUAAUGCAUGGAUACUUUGUGUCUUUCAACUUUUUCAUCAGUGUUUAUCAAUCCAGUAUUGGGAUAUAAGAUAUAAACAAGAUGUCGGACAUUUGAUAAAGCUGACCUCAAAUACUAUAAAGCUUUUGCUGACUCAGCAACAAAAGUGUCAGUUGUUCUCAGAGAAACUUUUAGCCUGUUUUUAUUUACUCAAAAUGGUAGCUGACAGUUUAAAUGCUAUAUACAAUCUUCAACCUGAAGUUGUUUCAGCUUCAACUGAUGGAGGAAGAACAGCAGAUAAAGAUUCAUUGGUGGCACCUAUUUUUCAAAUGUUUCGAGACAGUGGCUCUCAGGAAAACUGGUCUCAGAACUCAUCUUUUGAGAUUCAUCCUCAAGUAAUAAAUCUUGUGCAACAGCCAGGACACAGAUUGAUUGUUCUCUGGAGACUAUUAUACAAGAAAACUCUAUGGUAUGAAGCACAAUUAAGCCAAAGAGUUUCUGAAGGUGACAGAGAGUUAACUGAAAAGAUGACACACGAAGCUUCUACUGUCAAGUCCCUGUUAUGUCAUAUACAGGCUAACUUACAGACUGCCGGAGAUUGCUUGAGCCAAACCUUAGAACUUAAGUCUAUCAAUGGUGAAGAAUGUUUCCUAUUGGGAUCAUAUGAAAAGGCUGUUGAGCUGUGGAAAAAAGCUCUUCAAGAAAUCCAAGAGAAAGGAGGAAGAAGGACAUGUAUUCUUCAGAUACGCUAUUAUCUCUCUCUCUUAUACUGCUACCUCUAUAGCUAUAAUUUAAAUGAUGCUCAAGGAUUGUGUGAUCAGCUGGUAAGAGAAAUACUGAGAUGGUCCCAAAUACCUGUGAAAGAAAAUGAAGAUUGUUCAGUUCCGGAGAAGUCUCACUGUGCAGGUGGGGUGCCUGGAAAUGCUCACCCUGAAGCUGCAGUGAGAGUUGUACAGUCCAUGGCUCGGUUCAUGGCCGCCUAUUUCACCAAUCAGCAGCUUUGCAUUUUGCCACCUCACAAUGUGAAUGUUCUUCCUCCACUUCAUAUUAAAACAGAGCAGUCCCUUAGACUUAUUCCUCUGCAACAUUCUAAGGUGGCCAGUGUUGUUAGAGAUCAGAAUCUCUGUAAUGUAUGGACAGUUGAAUAUGCACUGGAAUUAUUAUUUAUUGGUGGCCUGGUUCCAGAGGCUGUGUGGUUGGCACAUAAACUUGGAGACUGGAAGACAUCUGUUUCAAUUGGUGUGGCCUUCCAACUGUUCUGUAAACAUGAUAGCAAUUUUAUGAGGUAUGUAUUUUUAGGCAAGCUUGAGUUAAGAUAA